UUUUAUUGUGAAACAGCCACAUUGUUGAAUAUCACCUAAACUCACCCUUCUGAGUUUGCUGUAAAGACAUAACCGCCGAAUCUCAAGCGACAGGACAUGACUAGCAUUUUAAGAAGUAAAUAUAGUCUAUAGCAACUUUCUUAUACCAUUUAUUCACGCGAUGGAGAUUUGUCUGGAUUUGUAGCGCUUUUUUCCUCACGAAGACGUAACUGGCAGGAAAUCUAUUUCUAUCGUCCAAGAUUCCACAGGGUCUGAGUUCGUCAAAUUAAAAGGAUUCAAGACGAAAUUUCAACGGUGACUUCUGAAGUUGGUCAUGAAGCCAUCAGCACUUCGCUUUCACAGUUGACCAGAAUUAUCCCAACAUAUGGCAGUUCGUAGAAGGUUUCUUUCUUCUCGCAAGCUGAAAAGACUUGGGAAAGCUUUCAUUUUAUUUACUCUAGUAGGGUUCUUUAUUUGGCGUUACAUUUUGAAGUCUUCACAACAACGGUUAAGAAAAAACAUCCAACCAGAAACUGGCAUAACAACUGUAAAGCCUCUAAUGGGUGCAGUGAACGUUCAUACAUGGCGGAAUUUGUGUGGCUUUGACGUCUCACAACUCAGAGAAUCAAUAUUUUUCCCUUACUUUCCCGAUGAACAGUUUGAAGUAUUCAUCACCGACUUUAAAAUUCAAGACAACACAGAACACUAUGGUCAACGCAUUUUUGGCUUUUUAUACCCACCCAGCAGUAUGUCCUACCGUUUUGCCAUAGCUUCUGAUGAUGCAUCAGAAUUUUGGCUUAGUUUUAGUGAAGAUCCACGUGAAAGGGAAUUGAGAGCAAAAGUGUUUUCAAAGGAUGCUUCUGCUUGGACCAUUGAAAAUGUAUUGGAUAAAUAUCCAGAUCAAAUUUCGAAAACAGUGAACCUAUUUAACGGCAAGAAAUAUUACUUCGAAAUUCUUCACAAACAAGGCACCGAGAAAGGUUUUGUACAGUUGUAUUGGAAGAGUGCUCUAGAGGAUGAUUUCAAACUGAUAAAUGCAAAUUACAUAUCCACCUAUCCAAUCAAAAUUCCAGUUCCUACAGAGAAAAAAGAUGCCCUUCAUAUGUCUUUUUUAGGACAGCACCAACACGAACUAGCAAUGAGGAAAUCCAAAAAAUUUAGAAAGGAAUACUUGUCAUUCUAUUCUCUGCCAUUCAUUCCCAGAAUAAGUUACUUACCCUCGUGCGAAUACAAAAGCAGUUAUCUGCUGCAGCAAGGAGUUCAUACGUACGAAGGGGUGAAAGCGGUUCCUGAAUCGAUCGUAUAUCCUGAGGACGAUACUGCAAUGGGUGACCUAGGCUACCUAAUAUCUUGGCCAAAUAAGGUUGCCAACAAGGAUGUAAUUCAAGCAGUUGUGGAUAAGCUUAUGACUUCUUUGAGACUGGGAACAUCCAAAAACUAUUUUCUAAAGAGAAUCCACAAAAUACUGCAGAGGACAGAUCCAGUUUACGGAGAUCGUUACUCUGUUGAGCUGGAGGUCGGUUUAGAGGGUACUAAACAGUCGUUUCGCCUGUCAGAACACGUCUUUCAAGAAAAGGUCAAUCACAGUUUGUGCUUCCAGGACGGUAUGGCUUGGAAUAAAGAGGCUAAAGUGUACUUCAUAGUCCCUGUCAAGGAUCAAGGAAAAUGGGUUUAUCACUUAAUCAACGAGCUCACCAUUGCUAGCUAUUUGACCGCUGAUACGAACUUUCAUGUCAUUAUCGUUGACUUUGAGAGUAAAGAUAUAGAUUUGCCAAAGGCGUUUGAUACCUCUCUUCUUCGCAACAGACAUACGAUUAUUUCGUUACAAGAUAAAUUUUUCAAGACUUUGGCGUUAAACACAGCAGUUGAACAUGUUCCAAGUGCGCAAGAUUUACUGUUUCUGUUUGAUCUCCAUACUGACGUACCAGUAGAUAUGUUGGACAGCGUUCGCAAGAACACAAUAGAGGGACGCUUUGUUUAUGCGCCUGUAGUUGGUCGCUUAGAUUGUGGUAGCACAUACGUCGAUCACAAAGGCUUCUGGGAGCUAAGCGGAUAUGGUUUUCUCAGUGUAUACAAAUCUGACUGGCAACGCUUUGGAGGAAUGAACACUGCUCUCUAUCAGUACAAGUGGGGUGGAGAAGACUGGGAUCUACUAGACCGUAUUCUCAACGCGAAGCUGGAAGUCGAGAGAGUCAAGCAUCCGGGACUUUAUCACCAUUAUCAAAUCAAACAAAAGACAUGGAACUAGAAGCACCGAUGGUGCUUGUAUGAAAGUUAACUAGUUUAAAAAUGGAUAUCCUUUCUAGCUAUUACCAAGUUUAGAUAUAUUAUACUUGAUAAAUCCGCUUUUAUCAGGAAUAGAUAUACGUCGAGUUCUGUGAUUGUAUUCAGUUGCGUUCGGUAUAUUUGACAUGUGGAUAGAAUUAUCUUUCGUAUAAAUCUCUUGUAGCCCAAACUCCUCUCGAAUCCUUCCGAAACAACAAGCGAGGUAUAGAGCAAUUCAUAAAAAGAUGCUCAAAGGAGAAGGAAUUAUUAUAAAAAAUAUAUAUAUAUAUGUACAGAAGAAAGACAUAUUAUAUCCAUUUGUUUUUCUCAGUCAUAAGCUGCUCAAAAUGUUUUUUCCUUUAGCUAUUUUUCAAAAAUGAAUGCUAAUUUCUUUUUCUGAUCUGAGCCGGACUUGUCACAAAUUUCAAAUGACGCCAUUUACACGACUCUUAGCUUGAUCUCAUUCAAGUGAACUGGGCUUCAAGAGACAUAAAUAUAGAGACUAAGUUUUUAAAAAUUGCACAAUGAUACCAUGUUUUAUGACGUCAUGGUAAAGAAAAUAUCUGGUUAGUUCUUAUGUUGAUGUUUCAUCACAGUAUUAGUUACAAUGUAAUGCCAUGAUAUGAAUUUUUCCAAUAUUCCUACACUUCCCGUAGAAAGUUACGAGUAAAAGCAUUCACACCUUAAUUAAUGGGUUCCUUGUGGUAUAUCAAACGUUAACACGGUAUGUUAUACGAACAAUCGCGAGAUCCGCUCCGAUAGUACGCUUUGGAAGCAUAAUAAUUUGAGUCUCUGUUUUGUUUCACCAUUUCAAAACUUAUCGCUAAAGCCUUGGCGGAAUUAUCGACUUCCAUCAAAAUGUUAAUUUUUCCUUGAGGAACACGCGACUCGCCCCCUUCAUUUGAAGAAGAGCGUUGCGUGACAUCCUAAAGAACGGCGGUCAUGUAGCCUACAAAAUGAUCACACCUCGCUAGAUAAGGCAUAACCGUUUCUAUGUCACGCAGUUAGUCCUACAAAGUCAGGGAAUA